AAUGCAGAAAAAAUGGUGGUGCCACGCUACGAAUUUUCAAUCUUUAAUGUAUCCUUGUUUCAUUUGUUGUCGUAUUCUCGGAAUAUUUCCGUACAAACUCAACGUUUCAAAUUCUCAAGUUCCGAAAUCGCACUACCUUGCAAUCGCCGUAAUCUGCGUUUGCUGUAUCUUUUAUGGAAUAAACAUUCAUUAUGUAAUUUCAAAAUCAAACAUUGGAAUGUUCAUGACUAUUCAUUUAAUGAUUUACUGUAUGCUUUGUACUUUCAUAGUGAUUAUCACACAGAUCUUAAGUUGUCCGAGGAUGUACUUGUUACAAAAAAUAUUAAAAAUCUCUGUAAUAAUACAUCAGAAGUCAUAUCAAAAGCUAUCAAGAUUGAUUCACAUUAAGGACACAUUGUGUAUUAUUUUUAAAAUUAUAGAAAUGUAUAUAUAUUAUCAUAAAAGUCAGCAGAUUAACUAUACUAUGUUGAUAAUCACAACAUACUUCAGCCUAAUAAUACUUCAGAUAAAUAUGCUAUACAUAAAUUGUGUUUGCGUAUUGAAGGCCUGUUUUGAAAGUAUUAAUGACGCUCUAGUACAUAUAAAAAAGCUCGUGGUAAAUGACAAAGAAUUAUGUAUUCCCAGAUUUGUUUACCACGUUAAAAAAAAUCAAUUUUUGUUGAUACAAUUAAAAGUCUUAAAGGAAAAACAUUUGAUGGUUAGCGACGUAGUCCAAAUGUUGAAUAUAAUCUUCAGCCCACAACUCUUUGCUACAGUAGUCAACAUCUCUUCUGCUACAACUUUUGGAUUUUAUUUUAACAUAGUGUACUGGCAAGAUGGAAUAUUGAUUGAUUUUGAUAUGCAGAAUCUUGAUGUAUUUUCAAUAUCCAUAACAUGUAAUAUAAUAAUAAUAAUGCUACUUGUGUGGGCCUGCGAAACGGGUAAGAAUCAGGCCCAAAGAAUCCGUACCACCAUUCACGAUUUGCUCAACAGCGUCAAUGACAAGGAAAUCAAAUACGAAGUAAUAAAGUUGUUAUUUCAUCUAUAUGUUUUUCUCAAAAUGUUCUGUAUUCUAACACAAUAUUUUAAAAUAUGAAAUCACUUGAAGUAUAAAAGUGUUUAAUAUCUUUCCGUUAUUCUGUUUUACGAUGUUACAGUUGCAGCUGUUUUCUUUACAAAUAUUACAUCGUAAAAAUACUUUUUCAAUGAAAGGUUUUAAUAUUGAUGCAGCACUUCUUGCAACAGUAAGUAAUCAAUUGUUUGUUUUAAUUAAUAAAAUAUUUGGCUUUUUUUUUAUUUUCAGAUGGCAAGUAAUAUUUCAACGUUUCUAGUAAUACUAGUACAAUUCUUAAACAUAUCACAUUCUUGUGAUAAAAAAACAACAAUUAAUGUUACAUAAUCUAAUUAAAUAAGGUAAAUAUUUAUAUACAAAAAUACAUUUUUAAAUAAUAAAACUCCCUUUUAUCCCAUUGAUAAUAAUAUGUAACCAUGUUAUUUAUUACGAUAUCUUAUAUUCGUACAAAGGCACUUUUACAUAUUUAAAAACGUACAACAAAAACUUGUAGGUAUAUACAAAUGUAUGUAUAUUAAUAAUUAUAUAAUAUUUAAAUGUAUUGUAGGAUUAUCCUGACACAACUCUGUUUGGAUGGUUCGCAUAUCAAGGCAGGAUGAGCCUCUGAAUAAUAAAUUAAUUCGAAAUUUUAUUCGUUAGUUUGUUCGAAUAUUUAUUUACCGGUUAAUCUUAACAAUCAAAGCAAACCAAUGCAGAUAAUAAUUGGAAAAUUAACAUAAAAUUAUUAUUAAGCAUCAAGUUAUUAUACAAAAGCUAAAAAAUAUAUGUAUGUGUAUUAAAAAAUGUGAUGAAUUUGCUUCUUAUAUUAAUCCAAAAUUGUCCUUUAUUUUCGAAACUUUACUGUUUUUCUCAGCCAAUAAAAUUGCAGGACUUAAAUAUCAUUAAAUCAUUGUAAACAGUUUUGAAAAGCAUGCCUUUAAUUUUUGAAUAAAUUUUGAAAUUUCUUUAACAGUAUUUAAUUAUAUCAAUUAUUCAAAUACUUUCUCUAUUAUUUAACGUUAUAUAAAUUUAAUUGUAACUCUUACAACGUUGUUUUAUGUUACACAUUGUUACGAUAUACAAUGCAAUAUACAAAUAUUUCUACAACAAAAAGUUGUUUCACAAAAUACAUAUAAAUAAUAUUUAAUUUAAUAGAAAAUGCACAUUAUUAAUUGAUCAUUAUGAAUGUUGCAAAACCUGCAUUUUCUGUUUCAUAUAUAAAUUAUUACAUUAUAUGUCACGUCACAAUUAGCAUUUAUUAUAAUCAUAAGAGUAAUAAGUGUCGAUCGAAAAACUCCAAGGUUACUUCAUGACAAACAAGUAACAUAUUCGUUUCUUUUCAUGACGCAGUCGUAGUUUCACACUUAAAUUCAUCGAGUGUACAUGCUACAUAAAAACAUAUUAACUCAGAUAAUUGUUAUAAAAAGGUAAACUUAAAUAUUGUAUUCACAAAAAAAAACUUUUAGAAUAAAAUAUGUAUUAAUACAUAAAUGUAUAUUACUAAUAAUGUAGGUUGCAGACCUUGAGAUAAAAUGUUAUUCUCAUAAAAUUUUGCUAAUUACAAUCAGUUCAAAAAGUCAACGAUACGCCAAGAAAAAAAAUGCAGAACAAAUGGUGGUUGUGUCAUGCAACAAACUUUCAUUCUUUAAUGUAUCCUUGUUUUAUCUAUUGUCGCAUUCUCGGAAUAUUUCCGAAUAAGCUCAACGCUUCGACUUUUGAGAUUUCCAAAUCGCACUAUGUCCUAUCAACCAUUGUGAUCUACAUUUGCUGCGUUAUAAACUUAUCACUCGUUAAUAAUAUUAUUUCCAAAACAUAUCUUGAAGAAAUAAUCAAGAAUCUUAACUUUUUUAUUUUUCAUAUUUUUAACAAUUUGAUAGUGAUUAUCACGCAUAUCUUGAGUCGACCGCGAAUGCGCUUACUGCAGACAAUAUUAGAGAUUUCUGUGAUAAUACCCCAGAAAUCGUACCAAAAGCUGUCUAGAUUGAUCCAUAUUAAGGAUUUAUUGGGUAUUAUAUUUAAACAUUGGCACUUAUAUUUAUUUUUUUCUAAAAUACUGGAAUCACAAAUCACCUAUUCUGUCGUCCUGUUAGCGAUGAUCGUAACAUAUUUCAACCUCAUGGUAUUUCAGACAAAUAUGUUGUACAUAAAUUGUGUUUGCGUAUUAAAGGCCUGUUUUAAAAGUGUUAAUGACACAUUGACACACAUGCAAAAACUUGUAAUGAACGAUAGAAAAUCAUUUACCUACCACAUGCAGAGAAAUCAAUUUUUGCCUAUAAAACUGAAAAUGCUAAAGAAGAAGCAUCUAGCAGUUAGCAACGCAGUUCAAAUGCUCAAUAAAAUCUUCAGUCUGCAACUUCUAGCUACAAUAGCCAUUAUCUUUUUUGGUAUCAUUUUUAUGUUAUAUAUGUAUAUAGUUAACUGGAAAGAUGGGAUAUAUAUUAGAUUUAAUGAGAACUUUCUUGAUUUGCUUUUAUCUACUGUGGCAUAUAACAUUAUACUAAUAUUACUGCUUGUAUGGGCCUGUGAAACGAGUAAAAAUCAGGCCAAAGAGAUUGGUAUUAUCAUUCACGAUUUACUUAACAGUACCAAUGAUGAGAAAAUUAAACACGAGGUAGUAAAUUAGUCAUUUUGUUUAUGUAUUUUUCUCUCAAUUUUCUGCAUGUUAACACAAUAUUUUUAAACAUUAAAACUUCUGAAAUGCAUUCUUCUAAUUUUUUCGUACUUACAUUUAGUUAUUUUGCAAUGUUACAGUUACGCUUGUUUUCUUUACAAAUACUACAUCGUAAAAAUACUUUUUCGACGAAAGGUCUCAAUAUUGAUGCAACGCUUCUAGCAGCAGUAAGUAACCAAUUAUUUAUAUUAAAUUUAAUAAAAUAUUUUGUAUGUUUUUAUUUUAUUUUUAGAUGGUGGGUAACAUUACCACGUAUCUAAUAAUCUUGGUACAAUUCUUAGUCAUGUCGCAUUCCUGCGACAAAAAAAUAACAAUGAACAAUGUAGAAUAAUGUUAUAUUUAAUUAAAAAAAAAAAACAUUUUUAUAUAAAUA